ACUCACACAAACGGUCAUGUCUUCUUUCCGUUUGCAAACGCCUUUUUCAGCUCCACUUCAUAACACAGCUUCUUUUUCUUUUUCUUUUGUAGCUCCUUCUCAUACUCAUUCUCAAUACAUCAUGUCUCAGAACCUCGAGGCCCAACUGGAUCGCCCCUACGCCUCUCCGUCGCUCCCGUCCGCUUAUCAUGACCCUACUCCUGCAAUUAACCAUUGGGUCAUCUCGCCGGGCUCUAUAACCCUGACGUCCGAUGCUCCAGCAAACCCAACCCCGCCCCUCGAACCAGAUAUGCGGUCUACUCAUCAUGAAUUACCAAGCGACGCAUCCAGCAAUAACAACAGUGCGACUCCCACCUCUUGGGAGGAUUCCAAACACAAAGCUGAACAUAGACCGGUCGACGACAUAGCUUCCCGUGCGGACAUCUUUGCAGGUGUAGCGAUCUUUAGUGCGGGCAUGCUCGUCCUGAUUGUUGCCAUGACUUUCUAUUUUGUGAACGGGCGAUCCUGGAAAGUGUUUAGAGGACAGCGACCACUUACUCAGCAGCCCAUUGGCGGUGCAGAAAGAGAUGCCGAAGACUUGGAGAACAACCUUUCUGCAGCGGACCAACUCUCCCGAGAUAAGCCUGCCACUUCAACGGAUCAAUUAGCCGGCGCUACCAUGCCGUCUAAAAACAUUUCUAUAGACACCAUGAUAAGUAAGACUGCUCAUGACCCAGAACCAUCCCCUUCGACCGCCAGAUUGGAGGAUCUUCCCGCAACAAAAUCCUUCUUUGCGCUGUUAAAAGGCCCUUUCAACAAUCAGCAUCGCCCACCGGUCAGCAGUACCAGUGCCAGCAACAGUGCCAGCACCAGCACCAAUACUAGCACCGGCACCAACAACAGCGUCACUACCGAUAGCUAUACCAAAAGCACUGCCGAUGAUCCCCUAAUGACUAACAAGGUGAACAUGCCCGCACUCACACGCACCAAAGCUCGCUCCAGUAUCAAACACAGCUCUGCCAGCCGUUUUCUGCACUCUUGUCAGAGCUCAACCAAGGGCAGUCAUAGCGCCACCUCGGUCAAUAAUUCAACGCCUGACCCCAUCCUACGUACGAUCCCUAGCUCAAACUCAUCUCUCGAUUUGUCCACGGCCAGCUUCGUAGCGACACCUCACCCUGGUCGAGGUGUUUAUUCCUACAGCGAUAUCAAAAACGCCUCCGGACCAAACUACAACAACAGCAGCGGUAGCGUGGGUACGACCUUGCUCCGACUUGACACGACGCAUCGCGCGGACGCACCACGCUCCAGUUCGAUCAUGGGUCUUUAUGGUAGUGCCAGAUCGUCUCCGAAUGGAUCGAUAGCAGAUGCGGCGUCCGUCCAGGCCAUAUACUCUCACUCUUUGAAAUCCGCUAUGUCCUAUGUCACGCAGACUGAAUCCUUUGGUUUUGACAACCAGGAGAUGGAGUCGAAAGAGGUUGUUCUAGCGAGUGCCGACCUGGAACGCAAGCAUGUAUAAAUAUAGAGACCAUAGAAGAAAUCC